GGACCACUAGGGGAUCGAUCUUGAAGACCACUAAGUUACCUGAAUACUACAAGUAGGACACUUAUUACAUCAUUACAAAUUUUUGAACACUGGUCAUCAUCUUCAUCACAUUCACAAGAACUUGAACUCCCGCAACCACGACAUUCCCACAUCAAGAUCAACCUCUUAAACACUCACGAACGAAUAUAAGACUAUCAAGAAAAUGUUGAAGUGGAUGUUCAGCGAACGGAAGGGCUCCGAUGCCUACAAUGAGCUGUACCAGAGCGUCACGGAGGGCAUCCAGAGCUGCUACCGCGAGAAGAUACUACCUCUUGUUAUGAAGAUUGAGAUUUGACGAGCACGAGGAGGAAGAACGUUUUCAAGAUAAUUUCCUCAUAAAUUAUUAGCAAAUAUUAGUAUUUAUAGGGUUAGCAAUAAUUUGCGAAAUCCUUAAGAGACUCCUUUAAGUGGCUUCCUUAAGGAAAACCCUUUUCCUUAAGGAAUUUCUAUUACAAAAAGUUAUUAUAACUUUCCUUAAGAGAAAAAAAAUUCCUUAAGGAAGCUCCUUAAGGAAAAGCUGUAAUAACCCUUGGCUAAUAUUAGACCCCUCCUUAAGGGAUUCGCAAGGACUCGCAAGGCUCUCUAAAGCCCUUGCGCUGCUAGUGCUACGAGUUCAAAGGCACCGCGAACAUGUUAACGCGUUCACGGCUGUUAGUUUGUAGGCUACUCACGUACCCAGCCACAUCUGCAGCAGGACACUACGCGACCCCUAGCGAAUCGCCCCAACGAACUUCCAGCCGCUACCCUUGUUAUUUAUCGCCCAGCGCCUUUACUUUUUCUCAAAAACUUCAGGGAGGUCAUUCAAAUACAGAGAAAACGGAACGACCUCCCUGAAGUUUUUGUAAAAAAGUUAGCUCGCUCCCCUUCCGCGACUACCUUCCGCACACAGCAAUCGACCACAGGAGCGCGCGGCAGCCCUUGGAGAUGGUUAACCAGUAUACUUCUAGUUCUAACCAGCUCACCAGGGUCCACCCUUCAGCCAUGCAAGUCCUCACGGCUAUCAUUCUUACAGACAUCGACAUCCUCAACGGCUUCGACUUUCACACACAGCGGCGUAUAUCUUUGGCCUUCUCAUGGGUAUGAUGAUGCUCACCAGGGUCCACCCUUCAGACAUGCAAGUCCUCACGGCUAUCAUUCUCACAGACAUCGACAUCCUCAACGGCUUCGACUUUCACACACAGAGAUGUAUAUCUUUGGCCUUCUCAUGGAUAUGAUGAUGCUCACCAGGGUCCACCCUUCAGACAUGCAAGUCCUCACGGCUAUCAUUCUCACAGACAUCGACAGCCUCAACGGCUUCGACUUUCACGCACAGAGAUGUAUAUCUUUGGCCUUCUCAUGGAUAUGAUGAUGCUCACCAGGGUCCACCCUUCAGACAUGCAAGUCCUCACGGCUAUCAUUCUCACGGACAUCGACAUCCUCAACGGCUUCGACUUUCACGCGCAGGGAUGUAUAUCUUUGGCCUUCUCAUGGAUAUGAUGAUGCUCACCAGGGUCCACCCUUCAGGCAUGCAAGUCCCCACGAAGCCGCUGAGGAUGUCACCUCCCCAGCCUUCGGCUUCCCUUCCUUGACACAGUGGGAGCCACCUUCCCAGCCUUGGCGAGCAGACUUGGCGACUUUUUUCCUUUGUCUUUCUGUCUCUUAGUAGUGGUCAAUCCGUCUAGUUGUUAACCUAUGCCCGGCGCAGCGGGCCCUUGAUGGGCCCGCUUUCUGGGCAUGUACUUAUAAGGAAACUGAAAAUAACCGAGUUACUGACUGAAAUUAAUAAGGGAGGUAGCUUUCACAGGGCUACCCUUCCUUGUUCAGUAUCUGACUUAUUUUCGGUAGUUACUCGCUUAUUUCAGUUUUUCGAAUGUAAGGAAACUGGGAGUGAUCAUUUGAAAAUAGACCUGUCCUCGUCCUCCUUUUUCCUCUAGUUGUACCUCCUCUAAUCUCGAAACCAGCACGCUGUUCCACCAGUGCUACGCACCAAGAUUGACCGACGCAGAUUUCGCUGCGAAACCGAUGGUUUUGUUGAUGGGGCAGUACUCUACUGGAAAAAGCAGUUUCAUCCGCCACUUGCUGGAGAGAGACUAUCCAGGUCUUCGCAUCGGACCUGAGCCAACAACAGAUAAGUUCGUGACCGUGAUGAAUGGAAAAACUGACCGCGUCAUUUUAAGGCUUGUUCUUCUUCUAAAUCCUGUAAGAAAGCAUCCUUGUUCCAUUCAACAAGGAAGCAAGGAGAGAGGCUUCCAAUUUAUAUCCACUCUCAGGAGAGGCAUCCUGGCGAUGGCAAUGUCGUGUCUAGAAUGCAUCUCAAGAUGGAUUGGGCGAGCUCUAAUGAUUCCUGGUAACGCUUUGGUGGUGGACAACCAACUCCCCUUUACUCAAUUGGCGAACUUUGGCAACAACUUUCUGCAGAGGCUAGAGUGUGUCCAAUUAUCGAAUCCGAUCUUGGAGGGUUUGACGUUCAUCGACACACCUGGCGUCCUCAGUGGGGAGAAGCAGAGACUGCAACGUGGAUACGAUUUUGAAGGUGUGAUCAAGUGGUUCGCGGACCGAAGCGAUAUGGUGAUUCUGUUGUUCGAUGCCCAUAAGCUCGACAUCUCGGACGAGUUCAAACGCUGUAUUCACCAGUUGAAAGGGAAUGACACGAAAAUACGGAUCGUGCUGAAUAAAGCUGAUAGGGUACUAUUUCAACAUCUACUGAAUAUAAUUUUUCCCUGGUUGUAUUUUCCAGAAACGUACGAUAUUCAAUGAUGCUGAUUGAAGUGGGAGUUUGCAUUAUAGGUCAGGAAAUCAGACAGACUGGUGGUGCCUCGACACGAAAGGAAAGUAGCAUCCUUGUUUUUUCUGGCCAUUUCAUUUUUAUUGCUAUGACUUCUAUGUCUAUCUCUAUCAUACAGAUCUCAACGCAGCAGCUGAUGCGAGUCUAUGGUGCGCUUAUGUGGGCUCUGGGGAAGAUCAUUCACACACCAGAGGUGGCGCGCGUCUACCUAGGCUCCUUCUGGGAUGAACCAUUACACAACGAUGAACAAAGGAGGCUAUUUGAGAAAGAAGUUAUGAAGAAGAUGAUAAAUGAAUCUGUUUUUAUGGAAGCAAAAAGCUAUAAUCUACUAGCGGGCGGUACCUCCACCUGUAAGAUGUGUAACUCAAACAAGUACAUCUACUUCAAGUACUCCUUCUCGUCUUUAAAGUUGUGGUACUACUCGAAGAACCUGCGUGCUCGUCACUCACCCAGCUGCAACGCUUUCAGAGGAAAUCUGCUCUAACUCCCAAAACGAUCUCUAUACUGCGAUUGCGAGUCUUCCCCGUAAUGCUGCGACCCGACAAUUGAACGACCUCAUCAAAAGAGCCCGUUUGUUGCGUGUCCACGCCUACUUGAUUUAUGAGUCUAGAAAAUGCAAAUGCAUCAUCUUCUGGACGAAGGAUUAAAUGGUUCUGGUAUUUGGUAGCCUGAUUUUGAUCAUUUAAGGAAAGCAAGAAGAGAAGCCUUGUGAUCGAAUUCAUCAGGUCACGAAAUACCAGGAGAACCAGACAAUGAUAUAUGAAGGAAAAGGAACUACCUAGAUGAUCUCUCUGUGAGAUGCAGCAUUCCCUAUACCUCUAAUUGAUGGACCAUUUUCGCAAGGAAAUGCCUUCGCUAUGGGGCAAGCAGAGCAAGCAGAAGGACCUGAUAAAGAAUCUGGGCAAUAUCUGCCAAGACUUGUCGAAAAAGCAGAAUCUUCCAUUAGGUGACUUUCCGAACGUGCAAGCGUUGCAGAGACGCUUGAUGACAGUGGAGUUCGCGAAAAUUCCAUUGAUCGAUUCGAAACAGAUCACGGUACUUGUUCGCAAAUGCUAGUAUAGAUGCAUGAAGAUUCUAGACAGAACCAGUAGUAGUUCGUCAGAACCAUAUCGUGCCAUUUUCACAAAAAAAUCCUCGACACCGUGCCUCGUAACACCACAUUCAUUCCGACAAACCGUCGACAACAUGCCUUUUUGCUAGUAAUCCACGGACAUUCAUUCCUCACGACCCACUCCACAGUCUCUGCAGAAAAUGCUGGAAAGGGACGUACAGAAACUGAUGCGUUUGAUUCCUUCAGAAGCUCUUCUGCAGCCAUCCAAUGCCAAAUUGCCCUUCCAGAGCGCGGACCCUAGUCCUUUCGCCGUCUCCAAAGAAAACGGCUUGACAGAGCAGAGCUAUUUGACGAGUCACUUCCUUGAGAAUCCACCGGAUGUUCGCAAGUAUGAACGUGAAUUUUUGGAAUUGGUACAGAAAGGAGGAGAACAUGGUGUUGGUUGUACUAGUGCUGGUACGACUACGACGAGUGUCAACUUUCAGGGAGGUAGUAGUACCAGUACAACUUCCACCGGCGGACCUUCUUCUGCAGAAAGAGUUCUUGGGUCGGAGAAAACAUCUCCGGCACAAGCAAAGAUCCAUGGUCAUCAAGCGAAACAAGUUCUUGAGGUGUCGAAAUUGAACAGUGCUAUUUUGCAUAAGAUUUGGACGUUGGCGGAUAUUGAUAGAGACGGAAAGUUGACGCUCUAUGAAUUCGCCUUGACCAAGCACUUUGUGGAGAUGAAACUUGCGGGAUUGGAAUUGCCGUCAGUUUUGCCAGAAAACUUCGUGGCAGCAGCUGCAUUGGAACAUAACACUGUGACAUCAAGUAUGUUGUUGAGCAAAGGAGUACCGAAUGGACAACAUGUGCUUAGUGGAGGCUCCACUCCGAGUAACAUAGGACUAUCCUCAACGAGUCCAUUUGCAUCGGGGAUUAUAGCUCCUGCAGGCGGUGCAGAAGCGCGCCAGCAAUACUAUCAUCCAAGUGCUCAAGGCCACGCACUUGCAGGUACAAGUGGACAACACCAACAGCAUCUACAGAAAACAGCUAGUACAGAUGGUUCGUCGACGCGAAGUGGCGUCGCGUUAACCAGUGAUUCUCAAAUUCAACAAAUGCAAAGAGACAGAGCAGGAAGUGGAGCAUCUUCCCAACAGAGUUCGCGAAGUGGGAAGAGGCCGGGUGUGGCGCCAACAAGCCACGAUGCUUUGUCGGGAGCAUGAAGAGGUCUUGCUGAAGCUGAAAGGGAUGAUUCUCUGUAAUUUGUAGUCGUGGCAUCCAUUGCUCGUUAAUUCCUAGUCCGCAAAAAUUAUAUAUGACAAACAAAGUGAACACCUACAGAGAAAAAUCAAUAUGCCUUACCUUUUUCCUAGUUAGCUUGGCUCCACCCGUAAUAUGAUGAUUCUAUUAACUACUCUAGUACAAGGUGGAGCGCAGGAGCUCGUCGUCGUCCAUUCUCUCAACAUAGUUCGCAAAACAAACACAUCACGGGGAGGCAUAAACGUAUAAGAGCAAUAUCGUCGUCAGGGUGACAAUUCGGGAGACUCGUUUUCGGGCUUUUUGGUUUCUUUCUUCAUAUAGAGCACGUACUGAAUGUUUCAUGAUAGAUGGAGAUCGCAUGCUCUUCUCGUUCUUUUUGACAAGCAUUUGGUUUUCCCGUAGGUUCCUAUGAAAGAAUCGCACACAGUUACAGCACGUUUGCUUUUGUCACCCCAGUGCAUCUUCAUGUUCUCCUAGUCUCGUAAACAUGACGGGAUCCGACAAGACGAUCCCUUUGACGGGUGUCUCAACGCGAACGAAGUCUUCGAUGUGUAAGAAAGGUUGAGUCGUGUAAU